AUGACAUCAUCAAUUAAUAAUAAUAAUAAUUCACGUUUAAAUGAAAUAAAAAUCAAGCCAAAAAUUGGUGAAGUUCGUUUGACAAAUGAUGGAACAAGACGUAAAAUAUAUACUGGUACAAGUUGGCAAUAUUUAUGUCAAGGUGAUCCUAAUUGUCGAAUUCAAGCUAAAUCAACUUGUCGAAAUCAUAGAAAUUCUUCUUUAACUAAUAAUACAACAUUAAAUCAAUUAUCAAAAAUUCAAAUAAAACGACCAAAACGUGGUGAUACACAAAUAUUACCUAAUGGAAAUCGACGUAUAUGGCGUGGAGAACGAUGGCAAAAUUUAUGUCGUGCAGAUAAUUGUUUAAUACAAGCAAAAGAUUUUUGUAAAUUACAUCAAAAUCAACGAAUGUCAUUACCAAAUACAAAUCAAAAAUCUCGAUUAUCAAACCGAACAAGAUCUUAUUCACUUACUAGUCAACAAAAAGACGAACAUGAACAUAUUGAAUCAAAUAAUAAAUCAUCUUCUUCAAUACAAGAUAAUAUUUCAUUUCAAUCACCAAAUAAUAAACAUCAUCAGUCUGAUGAAAAUAUAUUUGAAACAGUUACUAUAUCACCAUUAAGAAAACGUGAAUUACAUACACGUCAUGGACGUCGAGUACGAUGUAAUGGAUUAAUAUGGAAACAUUUAUGUGCUGAUAAGAAAAAUAAUUUUAAUAAACGUAAAUCUCGAAGUCAAAAUAUAUCUAUUAAAGAAUCCAAUGAAAAUAUUUCAAAUCAUAUUGAAUCAUUAUUGUCAGAUACUAUUGAUACAUCAAUAAAAAAUAAUACAAUAAUAGAAAUAAAAAAUAGUAAAAAACGAAAAACAACAGGUGAUAUAAAUAAUGAAGAACAUAUUGUUCCAAAAAGAAAAUCUAAUCGAAGACAUCGAAAAGGUUCGAAUAAAUCAAUCACUUUACAUCUUGAAACUAAUUCAUCUAGUUCAUCUAUUUCUGAUAUUCCUAUGAAAGAAAAAUCAAUUGAAGAACCUAUUUCAAAUGAAUCUGAUAUUACAUUAUCAUUAAAAUCUAAUCAAUUUGAUAUAAAUGAUCAAUCUAUUGAAAUUCCUAUUCAAUCAUCAUCACCACCACCAUUUAUUUAUGAUACAUCGACAUCUGCAAUUCUUGAACAAUUUGGAACAAUUAUUAAAAAAGAAGAGGAAGAAUCAUUAAUUUGUAUUCCACCUAUACAUACAAAUGGAAUCGAAUCUCCAUGUGAAACAUUACAAGAUUUUUUACGUGUUGAAGAAAUGAAAAAAAAAGAAUUUAAACUUGAUUGUCAACGUAUUAGUUACCGUUUAGCAAAAAUUCAAGAUUGUAUUGGUAGUAUAUCAUCAAUGACUAGUUAA